AUGACCACAAACGAUACCUACGAAGCUACAUAUGCCAUCCCUAUGCACUGUGAAAACUGUGUGAAUGAUAUCAAGGCAUGCUUGAAAGAUGUCCCGGGAAUCAACUCAUUAAAUUUCGACAUCGGUCAGCAAAUAAUGAGCGUAGAAAGCUCAGUUGCCCCUUCUACCAUUAUCAACACCUUACAAAGCUGUGGCAAAGAUGCCAUCAUAAGAGGUACUGGUAAACCGAAUUCUUCCGCGGUGGCUAUCUUGGAAACUUUUCAAAAAUAUACUAUUGACAAGAAGAAGGACACCGCUGUGAGAGGCCUAGCAAGAAUUGUUCAGGUCGGAGAAAACAGAACCCUUUUCGACAUUACUGUAAAUGGUGUCCCAGAAGCGGGAAAGUACUAUGCCAACAUCCACGAAAAAGGGGAUAUCUCGAAGGGCAUGGACUCUAUUGGGAAAGUAUGGCAUAAGUUCGAUGAGCCUAUCGAAUGUUUUGAUAAGAGUGAUUUGGGCGAAAAUCUCUACAGUGGGAAAACAUUUUUAAGCGCUCCCUUGCCGACAUGGCAACUCAUCGGUCGCAGCUUCGUCAUUUCUAAAGCCUUGGACCACCCAGAACACGAACCUUCCUCCGCCAAGGACUACUCAUUUCUGGGAGUCAUCGCCAGAAGUGCUGGCGUGUGGGAAAACAACAAACAGGUGUGUGCAUGUACGGGGAAAACUGUUUGGGAGGAGCGAAAAGAUGCCUUGGCUAACAAUAUCAAAUAG